AUGUCUGACGAAAAUAGACAAUCAUUUAAUCUUGAAGAUGAAUCAGAAUUGAAUGUGAAUGAUAAUGAAGUAUUUCAAACCGAUGAAGAAGAUAAUGUAAAAAGUCAUGAUAAUCAAUGGAUUGAUGAAUUACGUUUAGCACUUGAACGUGGAUGUGAUUUAGGAUCAAUACGAACUAUUGGAAAAUGUCGACCAUUGACAAAUGAUUUACGUUUAGCAGUUUGGAAAACUUGUCUUGAUAUCAAUGAUGUUAAUGAAUAUGAUUAUGUUGAUAGUGAUGUAUUUGAUUUACCUGAACAAAAUCUAAUACGUGAAGAUGUUUUACGUUUAGUGCGUUCAUUAAAAAUAAAUCAAGAUGUCGAAGCAUCAAAAUUGAGUGAUAUUGAAGCAGUUAUAACAUUUUAUUGCAAAAAAUAUACUGAGAAUUAUGAAAAAGGAAAUGGAUGGAUUGAUAUAUUAAAACCAUUGAUUACACUUGAAUACAAAGAUCGAGCUGAACUCUACGCAUUAUUUGCUAAUAUUCGUAAUCGUUAUAUUCCUCGUUAUUGUGAAGCUAAUGGAACGCCUUAUCAUUUAUUUCGAUUAUUAUUACUUUAUCAUGAUCCAGAAUUAUGUAGCUUUUUUGAUACUAGAAAAAUUACACCAGAUUUAUAUGCAUAUACUUGGAUUCGAAGUCUGUAUGCUGGAUCAUGUUCAUUAGAUGUUACACUUCAUCUAUGGGAUGGAUAUUUCCAACAUGCAGAUCAUUUUUUUAUUUUUUUUCUUGCUCUUGUAUUACUUAUGUUUGCUAAAGAACAAAUGUUUGAAAUGGCUGAUAAAGAAAAAGAUGAAAUUAUUAGUUUUUUAUCUAAAGCACCAUCAAAUUUAACUAAUGAUGAUCUUGAAGAUUUUUGUUCAUUAGCUAAUCAUUAUGCUUCUAAUACACCUCAAUCAUUCCGAAAAGAAUUUUAUUCAUGUUUAUUUGAUGAAACAGACUGCUCGGUUGCUCAAAAAGCUUCUUCAAUUUAUCAAACGUUAUGUUUACCUGUUUCGGCUAAAGAAUUACUUCAAGCAAAUCAAUUGGGCGGAACAGCAGGUGUCAGAUAUUUUGUUGUUGAUUGUCGGCCAGCUGAACAAUACAAUGCUAGACAUCUUUAUACAGCAUUCCAUCUUGAUUCAAAUCUUUUACUCGAAGAUCCAAAAGAAUUUGGUGGAACUGUUGAUGCUCUUCUUGCUACACAAAAACAUUCAAUCGAAGCCGAAACGUUUCUGUAUGUAUUUAAUUUUAGUCUUCUAUUGGUUUCAUCAACACAUUUAUAUAUUUUACGAAAAUUACCUGAACAUAAAACAAUGGCAAAUCUUGUAUGUCGUCGUCCAUUAGAAACAAUAACAAAAAUAACAAGUAAAAAAAAUUUUCCUGAAAUAAUAACAUUUCGAUACGGAACAAAACAAAAUGAACAAGAAGAAAAAUCGAAAACGAAAACAAAACUUCCUACAGAAUUUGACAGAGUUUAUUUACCUGAUGCUGGUGAUGCAACAAAAAAUAUUAAACUGUUAAUUAUAAAAGCAUUAAAUAUGUUUGAUAAUCUAAAUGAAACUGUAUCAACUUGA